GUAGAAAGCAUGAGGCGUUCAUGUAGGCGGACUACCUAGAGCUGAUAGCAAACUACGCCCUAAGGAAGUCACUGCCCUAAUAUAAUCUGGCCCUGUAGGAAAGACUUCCUGUUAGAUUCCGGCUCUGGUGGCAACAGCUGCGAUGUGGGACCCACUGAGCGCACUGGGUGUUCUCACAGCUGCGUGGCUUCUGCUGGGGGCAGCAUGGAGAGUGGGUCGCGUGGUCUAUAUCUACCUACUGCCCUGGGCUCGUCCGGGAGACCACUGGAUCCGGGCCCAGGGAGCCUGGGCAGUGGUGACAGGAGCCACGGAUGGCAUUGGCAGGGCCUACGCGCACCAGUUUGCCAAGAGAGGUCUGAACAUCGUCCUCAUCAGCCGAAACGCGAACAAGUUGGAGAAGGAGGCAAAGGAGAUUGAGCGGCUUCAUGGUACCGACACACGUGUCAUCCAGGCUGACUUCACCGGGGGCUUGGAGAUCUACGGGGCCAUUGAGGAAGGGCUGAAGGGCCUGGACAUUGGAGUACUGGUGAACAACGUGGGCAUGAAUCACUCUAAACUCCCUGUGAAACUGUUGGACUGUGAGAACCCAGCCCAGAUGACCAGAAUCGUCCUGCCCCAAAUGGUCUCCAGGCACAGGGGGAUCAUCAUCAAUGUGUCUUCUAUGAGUGAAAACCACCCCUGGCCAUUCCUUGGCACCUACUCAGCCACAAAGGCCUUCGUGCAAAGAUUCUCCGCUGCAGUGGGCGCUGAGUAUCUCUCUGAAGGUGUCACCGUGCAGACGGUGAGCCCAGGUCCAAUCUCCACAAACUUGACUUGUAAUAUCAAAACCGGAUGGCUGGUGAAGGGUCCCCAAGACUGGGCUGAGCAGGCGGUGCACACCCUCGGCCUCUCCUCCCACACCCCUGGGUGCCUCAUCCAUGUUGUGGAGACCUUCCUGAUAGGUCUCCUGCCCUCCUGGUGUGCCUGCAAUCGCUGGACAGUCAAGCUCUGGGCUCUGCUGCAGCCUAUAGUACUUAAGAGAGUCCUUAAAGACCAAAGUGCCUCCCUGUUUAACCCCAAACCUGCCCAAUAAAGUUCAGCCCCAAGGCGGACCCUGUGAAAAGUUCUGCAGAAACUGGAAAGAAUGCACCAUUGUCAAAGACCAGCGAACCAAGGACCCUGAAGACCAUGAAGGAAUCACGAUCCACGAACAAUGACGACCCAAAAUGACUGUCUGGAGCCAUCAUGAUGCUGAUCGUGCAAGAAGACCUGAGUCCAUGUUUCCAGCCGAGAGGGGCCGGGCCCGUUCCCCCUUUCUGUGCAGUGUGUAAGGCCACCCGGCCCUGAGCUCGGGGCUCAUGCACAUGACAGCCUCAGCCCUGCUCAUGCACUGGUCCGCCUCAGCCGGCCUGCACCCAGGCAAGAAAUAAACGCUGCUGUGUGCCACCCACCUGGCCUGGUGACUGAACUGAGUAUCUUCUCUUGACCUUACAAUAUCCACCUUCCCACCACCACCACCCCACCCCCCAAGGGAAAAGGCUAGGGGAAGGAGUGAGGUAGGCUCAGGGGCUGGCCUGCCCGCUCCUCUUUCCAGCAUCCUGGUCCAGGACUGUGGAUUUUGGACUAAAUGUGCAGGCCGACCAGUGCAGUAGAACUGGGCACCCGGAAGAGUCGUUGAGACCUCUGUGGAGAAAACCGAGUUCUUAACAUACGACACGCAGAGAAGGACAUGAGCAUGUGAAGGAGAGAUGAUGUCACCAUGUGUAUCCACAUGCAACUCGAUGAUUAUAGGGAAAGCCACUGCUGUGCACACUUUUCAAGGGUGGACUUUAACGUCUGGGACUCAUUCUCAAUGAGAAUACUUUAAAAACCAGAGAUGCCUAGCAGUAUGAAAUUGAAACCUGAGAUGUAGUCGGUGAACAUGCCAUCGCACCCAUCAUUCCUCGUGUGAUGGAUGAUAACGCUGACCUCCGCGUCCGUGCCGAUCAUCCCAGUCUGCUGGGCGCGUCGUCUGCUGUGCCGCUCACGUGGAAUUGAGUUUUGGUCUUCACGAAUUCUGUGAACCGAGUCACACCGUCUGUGUCCUUGGCCGUAGGGUCUGCGGAAAGACGAAAGCACGUGUGAGCGCCAUCUCAGGCACAGGGAGGAACCGCAGGUCCCUUGGAGGAGCAGCCUUUGGGAGAUCAUCCCUGCCACAGCAUCUACUUCUCUCCUCGGUUCAAUAGUCCAUUGCAAUGACCGCACAGAACACGCAGACGAUACUCAAGAUUAGGGGAGUUCAUAGGGGAAGUGGACAGGUUGCCAUCAGCAAGGAUCAGCACACUUAAGGAUGCAGCUUUUGUCCAGACCAGCACCUGCUCUCGGCCAACAGCCAAGUCUCUGGUCCUCAGUCUCAGCUCUGGGGUCCUGGGCCUCGAUCUUUUCCCACAGGCUGGGAAGCCCAUGACUCUGCCUCUGAGUUCUCAGCGGCUCUUCUCUUCUGUCUUGGUCUCUCCGGCUCGGGGCAGCCCCUUCUUCCUCCCCAAAGGCAGGCAGAGAUCUUCCCGUGGCUCCACGUGUGGCUCUCCUUGUUGGAUCUUGGAAUGCCUCUUUCCCUGCUUUGGAGAUGGCUCUCAUGCCCAGAAGAAUGACAAAACGGACCGAUCCCCCAGUCCGAGUCUUCCACACCUUAUUACAGUGAGGGUGGCCCGGGACAGGGCAGUGUCCUUUCGGUUGUGCAUAGGGUCGCAAUGGGCUAGAAAUGACUCCAUGACACGCAACGAAUAACGCCACCCCCACCCAAGGUGGGGAUUACAACGACUCUGGACAAGAGAGCCACA